AUGUUCACUCCUCCCGCGUCGCCCGUCCCGAUCCGCACCUCCCGCUCGCAUCGCCCCCCAGCCCACGUCCACGGCUCCUCGAGCGAUCGCCUCAUCCCUUCAUCUUCACCCUCCCCUCCGUCCUCGCGGUCUUCUUCACCCUCCCCCCUCACCCUCCCCUCAAUCACGGUUUCUCCGCCUAGCCCCCUCUUGCUCCAGGAAGAGCAUCUCCGCAGAGUCUUGCGGAAGCGGCGUACAGCACGACAUACCAGAUGGACCGUCCUCCUUAUUCCGCUCGUCCUUAUAAUCAUCACGCUUUCAACUCGCUAUCUAUCCCAUCCUGCUGUGCUUGAUGUACUGUCCCCGGACUCUUAUCCUCCGGGCUGGCAGAAUCUAGCAAUGUCCCUGCUCAACGGACAGUCCCCCAGGCAUGGCCGACAUAGUAAACGAGGGCAGGAAUCGGGUGCGACAUCCACCGUCAUAUCGUUUCAAAAUACAUCGUCAUUACCAACGCCGACAUCGUCGUCGCCCUCCACAUCAGCAUCUUCAUCAACGCCAUCUUCCACAGGUGAUGCCAGCUCUUCUGUCCCCAGUAUUCCGACGGCUCCCGUCCUGCCGACUCCGUUCCCGCAGCCCUUUACAGCACUCCCACAGACCUUUUCGACAGAAAGUUGUCAGGUCUUUUUCGAGAACAUGACGCAAGCGGAACCGUUCCGGGAGUGCCGGCCUUUUUCGUUACUCUUCCAAAGUUCCGAAGAAUUUCUCGAGGCACAGAAAAAUAUCACACUUCUCAAUACGAUGGUAUGGGGAACUUGCAACACCGAUCUCGGCGUGGAGCAAUGUACAGAGAACAUGGGCUGGUUCGCCGAAGAAUUGCAGACCGCGUGCGCAUCGGAUUUAUCGGCUCAGAACGAAUUAGUAAUGAGCACCCUUACUGGCCUACAAGCAUAUUCGCUCAUGCGGAGUGUCGCGUGCCUGCCAAACAACACAUCCAACACGUACUGCUACAUCGACGCCGUUGCGAGUCCACAGGUGGCGGACACGGACUACUAUACCCUCCCGCUCGCGAUUGGGCUUCCAAAUAACUCUAUGCCGACCUGUUCGCUGUGUAUGCAAGACACUAUGGCCGAGUACUUGGAGCAGGGGCAAAACUUGACUGCGCUCCAGGCGACGUACGAGAGCGCAGCAGUUAUCACGAAUGCGGCCUGCGGGAACGGGUUCGUGCAGGAGAUUGAAACCGCAGUGACCAGCAGUGCACUGCGCGCUGUGGGUGCGGAUGUGGACAGAGUGCUCGGGUGGGCGUUGUUCAGUGCGGGUGUGGCAGUGCUCGCGUCGGGUGGGGCGUGGUUGUGA